GUGAGCUGGUUAAAAUGCAGCAUCCGAGCUGAGUGUGUGUGUGUGUGUGUGUGUGAGAUCAGUGGCUAGUGUGUGAUCAUGGCUCCUGUGUCAGACCCCUGCUCUUUCUCUUCUUUCUCUAAGUGUGUGACUCGCCAUGUGAACGUGUCCUAUCAUGUGGACUUCGACAGUCAUGUGCUGAAAGGGAAGGUGUCUCUCACAGUGGAGGUGCUGCAGGACAAAUUCUCUGAUCUGACUCUCGACACGAAUGACCUAAAGAUCUUCAAGGUAUCAGCCAAUGGCCAGGCUGCCAAGUUUACCCUGGGAGAGAAGCAGGGUUAUAAAGGCAGCCCUCUGGAGAUUAGCCUGCCCUUUGAGCUCUCACGCGGGCAGCACGUGAUUGUGGAGAUCGAGUUUGAGACGUCUCCAAAGGCCUCGGCUCUGCAGUGGCUCACUCCUGCACAAACCGCUGGGAAAAAGCACCCCUACCUUUUCAGCCAGUGCCAGGCUACUCACUGCAGGUCUAUGCUGCCCUGCCAGGACACUCCAUCAGUGAAACACACCUACUAUUCCCAGGUGUCAGUGCCCAAAGAGCUGAUAGCACUUAUGAGCGCAGUGCGUGAUGGACAGGAACCAGAUCCGAGUGACAGCAACCGAAUCAUUUACCGCUUCCGACAACCGGUGCCCAUGCCUUCUUACCUUAUUGCGAUUGUGGUGGGAGCCCUAGAGAGCAGGGAGAUCGGGCCCAGGUCCAGAGUUUGGUCAGAGAAGGAAUAUGUGGACCAGGCUGCAUUUGAGUUCUCUGAAACUGAGAGGAUGCUGAAGAUUGCUGAGAGUCUUGCAGGACCGUAUGUAUGGGGACACUAUGAUAUGCUGGUGCUUCCUCCGUCUUUCCCCUACGGUGGCAUGGAGAACCCCUGCCUCACCUUUGCGACACCUACUCUACUGGCUGGAGACCGGUCCCUUGCUUCUGUCAUUGCUCAUGAGAUUUCUCACAGCUGGACUGGAAACCUGGUGACUAAUAAAACCUGGGAGCAUUACUGGUUGAAUGAAGGACACACUGUAUAUCUGGAGAGAAUGAUUGGCAGGGUGAUGGAAGGAGAGCAGUUCAGGCAGUUUAAAGCGAUGGGAGGUUGGAAAGAGCUACAGGAGUCUGUGAACCAUUUCGGAGCAAAUAAUGUCAAUACUAACCUGGUGCCAAGCCUGGAAGGUGUUGACCCUGAUGAAUGUUUCUCCUCUGUGCCUUAUGAGAAAGGUUUCGCUCUCCUCUACCACCUGGAAGAGUUGAUGGGAGGCCCAGAGGUGUUUAUGGGCUUUGUGAAGUCCUACAUCCAGAUGUUUGCCUACAGCAGCGUGACAACAGAUGACUGGAAAAACUACCUUUACACCUACUUCAAAGACAAGGUGGACAUCUUAAAUAAAGUGGACUGGAAUGCAUGGAUGCACACUCCAGGAAUGGCCCCUGUCAAGCCAGAGUAUGACACCACUCUGGCAGAUGCGUGCACUGCACUGGCCCAGCGAUGGGUGAAGGCUAAAGACGCUGAUCUGUCAGGCUUCAGUGAGGCUGAUAUAAAGCAGUUCUCCUCUCAUCAGCUGAUUGAGUUCGUGGCUGUGCUGCUACAAGAGGACCCUCUCCCUGUCUCUCAUGUUAAGAGAAUGCAGGAGGUGUAUAACUUCAACAGUGUCCGGAAUGCUGAGAUCCGUUUCAGGUGGCUGCGUUUGUGUGUCAGAGCUCAGUGGGAAGAGGCCGUUCCUCUGGCUCUGAAGAUGGCCACAGAGCAAGGCAGGAUGAAGUUCACACGCCCGCUCUUCAGGGAGGUGUACAAUUUUCCCAAGUUCAGUGAUGAAGCUGUAAAGACCUUCAAGGAGCAUAGUGCUGCAAUGCACCCCGUCACUGCCACCCUGGUGGCUAAGGACCUGAAAAUUGCCCAGACGAGUAGCACAGGCUUCUAACCCUGCUGCCCCGAUUAAGCCUGUGCUGCGUGACCUAGGCCUGAGAGUUGUAGUUCUUCUGUGCAGCAGACAGAUUUGUGUGGCUUGACCAGUUCAAUAUUUUAUGUCUUAAUAGAGAUCUUUAUCUCAGGGCAAGAGGGGAAAAUAAAGCUCCUCCAAAUUUCACCAUCACAUUUGCCUGCUUUAAUCAGCUUGUCUUAAAGGAAAGGUUUUCUCAUAGAGCAUCACGCUGAGCAAUAAACUCUUCAACCAA